GGCCAAAUUGCUGUCAAGUCAUUACGAAAAGGUCAAAUCUCCGUUGGAAAUCAUGAAAAGAAAUCUCCACGAAAUAGUCUCACGCACCUCACUUAAUUGUUACUUUGAAAGAUACCAUCACUAGGUCUACCUGACUGCCACAUUAACACUCCAUACUUAUCUUCAUAGCCCACCUCAACUUUCAGCUCUGUUCUCUCCACUGCCGAUCUUCGUCGACCCCAUUUUUCCCGGAAAAAAUGGAGCUUCUAAGCCCUAAAUACCCUCCUAACCACGUACCUUCUUCGCCUGAAUUCGUUUCCGGGUUUUCUUCUCCAGCAAGUUUCCCAGUUGAGUUUGAUCGGGCAAUCACUUGCCAGGUGUCUGAUAUCGUCGAGGACGAUGGUGACAAGGUGUACGUGGCAGUUGGGAAGUCUGUGGAGAAAGCAUUGUGCCUGCUUAAUUGGACUUUCAGACAGUUUAAGGGUAACCAAGUUUGUAUUCUUCAUGUUUCUCAGCCUUCUCACCUCAUUCCCACUCACUUAGGAAAACUUCCAGCAGCUCAAGCAAAUGUCGAUGUGGUAUCAGCUUAUAGGAAGUACGAAAGGGAACAAGCAUUGAAGCUCUUACAAAGUUACUUGAGUGUUUGCUCUGGAGCAGAGGUGACAGCCAGCUUAAUUACAGUUGAAGCAAAUCAAGUACAGAAAGGAAUAGUGGAUUUGGUGAAUGAAUAUGGUAUUAGGAAGCUUGUCAUGGGGGCUGUUACAGAAAAUUUUAUGAAGGUGAAAAAGAGGUCAAGCAAAGCAUACCAUGUUGCAAAAAAUGCCCCAUUGUUUUGUGAAAUAUGGUUUGUCAACAACGGGAACCACGUGUGGACUAGACACUCUUCUGAGGACCCAAGCUCACUUCCUUCGUGUAGUCGUUCAAAGCUUGCAACUAUAGGGAAAAACAUAUUUAGAUCAUUUUUACAUGGUAAGAAUAAGUCAAUCCAUUUAAAUUGGCUUCAAUUCAAUUCUGCUAGUGGUGCAAUCUGUGCUCAAUUAAGGAACCAGGUUCAGUGUGAACCGUUUCAUCCGGAUUUGGCUUCUUCAUCGACUUUGUAUAGUUCUCCAAGUACUUUCCUCAGUGAUCUCAAUGGUUUAUUUAGCCCUACAAGUGCUAAUGUUGGUUCAGGGUAUAAUUCUUCAGAAAGAAGAGUGUCUUCAGACUCUGAUGAAGAGAGGUUAUAUAGUCAGCUUAUUGAUCUCAGGGUAGAAGCCGAGACGUCUAGGAAUAACGCACACUUGGAUACAUUAAAGCGAAGAAAGUUGGAAUCAGAUGCCAUCGAAGCUAUAAGUAAGGCCGAAAUGCUUGAUUCUGCCUUCUCACAUGAAGGCAAACUUAGAAAAGAGGCUGAGGAUGCGUUAAAGAUUACAUUAGAGGAACAAGAAAUUCUAUUGAAAGAAAGAAAAGAUAUAACUCUAGAGCUUCAUAGGACCAUGAGAAAUGUUGCACUACUUGACAGUCGUGCACAAGAAGCACUCAACAGGAAUGACGAAGCUUCUGAUGAACUGAAGCUAGUGCAAGAAUCUAUUGCAACCUUGAGGCAGGAAAAGCACAGGAUUCGAAAACAGAAGAUGGAAGCAGUACGCUGGCUUGAGCGGUGGAGAAGUCGUGGACAAGGUCGAGGUGUGAACUGUACUAGUCUUAUUGGGUGCACUGAUGAGUUGCCUGAGUUGGCAGAAUUUUCAUUGUCGGAUUUGGAAACUGCAACAUGUAAUUUUUCGGAGAGCUUCAUAAUUGGGCAUGGUGGUUAUGGUUGUGUUUACAAAGGGGAGCUGUUAGGUAGAACCGUUGCUAUUAAAAAGUUGCAUUCAUAUAACUUGCAAGGAGAGUCAGAAUUUCAACAAGAGGUAAAAGUUCUAGGCAAACUACAACAUCCUCAUCUUGUAGCACUGCUUGGUGUGUGCCCAGACGCCUGGUCCCUUGUAUAUGAAUAUUUGCCUAAUGGCAGCCUUCAAUGUCAUUUGUUCAAGAAAAACAAUGUUUUGACCUGGAAAGUCAGAGCACGGAUUAUAGCCGAAAUUGCUAGUGCGCUUUGCUUUUUGCACUCUUCAAAGACUCAGAAAAUUGUCCAUGGUGAUUUGACACCUCGAAAUAUACUCUUAGAUUCUGCUCUCAGUUGCAAGAUUUGUGAUUUUGGGAUUUGCAGGAUGAUAAAUGAGGACAACUUAUAUUGCCCAAGUUUGAGAUGGUCAAAGGGGCCAAAGGGUGCCUUUUCUUACACAGAUCCAGAGUUCCGGAGAAUUGGAGUCCUGACAUCCAAGUCCGAUGCUUACUCCUUCGGUUUAAUCACCCUGCAGUUACUCACAAGAAGGCCUCCAGUAGGUUUAGCAGGUGAGGUCCGCAAAGCAAUUUCAUCAGCAAAAUUGGCAUCCAUAUUGGAUUCCUCAGCUGGAGAAUGGCCAAACCAUGUUGUUAGGCGAUUAGUAGACAUUGGCUUGCAAUGUUGCGAAUUGAACGGUAGAGAUAGACCAGAUAUAACACCCUGUCUAGUGAGAGAACUCGAGCAGUUGCAUGUCUCAGAAGAGCGGCUGGUACCAUCAUUCUUCUUGUGCCCCAUUCUUCAGGAAAUAAUGCAUGACCCUCAGGUGGCUGCUGAUGGAUUCACUUAUGAAAGGGAAGCCAUCCAAGGAUGGUUGGAAAAUGGCAAAGAGACUUCUCCAAUGACCAAUUUAAAACUAAGUCACCUGCAUCUCAUUCCCAACCACGCUAUACGGCUUGCGAUUCAGGAGUGGCUUUGCAAAGCAUAACAACAAAAUCAUCUCAAGAAAAUUUUGUAUGUAAUUGCGUUACUAGUAAAUACAGUGUGUAUAAUGUCAUAUGUUGCAAGCUAUCUUCUCACUUCUUUUUUUCUUCUUCUCAAACUUGCAAUUUUGUUUGGUUUGCCUUAACUAGAGAUAUGAAAUAUAAAAAGAGGACUGUUCCACAGAUUUGGCUGUGAUUGUAACUGUAACUGUGACAUGAUCUAAUCUAAUUCAAGACCACUUGAGAAA